CUGUACACAAAACCGUUUCAUCGCUCAGCUUGCUUCGCUCGCUGGCUGCUGCGUUUGAAGAAAACGGCCCACAGACUCACAUACAUACACACACACAGCUACAGCAACAGCAGAAGCACCCGUGUAGAUCGCGCAGUGCGUGUACGGUUUUCGCACUGAACUGUUUCCGUUGUUUUACCGUCGGUUUUGUGUGUGGUUUCGUUUUUAGUUUGUUGUUUGUGGUGAUUGUGUCUAUUUGGCGACAAGAAACAGUGCACCGCACGGAUGUUACCGCCGCCACUGCUGCCCGAGGACGUGCUUUUCUUUCGGUUCCUUUGCAAUCGCCCGACCAAAAAGGUACGCCAUACUGUUGUGCACGGAGCCGAUCGGCAGCAGCAGCAGCAGCAGUAGCACCAGCAGACAGUCAGAUCAAAGAGCGAUCGUCCCCACGCAAAAUCGCAAAGGAGGACGGCCAUUUGUAGUGGUGGCUGGUGGCGGCCGGAUGAUAGAUUUACCGAGCGAAUAAAGCAGCGCCUUUAAAUCUCGCCCACCCCCCCAAUGCGUGUAUCUGUUUCCCGGAACGGGGAAAGCUUAUCGAGUGAUUGAUACAUUGACGGCCGGACGAAAGCUAAUUUCGGACCCACCACCAUCCGCACCACCUGUACGUGUAAAUCUGGGUUUAUAGUGCGUGUGUGUGUGUGUGUGUGCGACUGGCCGGGAGGAGGGCGUGUGACAAUUCAUCAAACGCAACGAGCGUGGAAAAAUCGCUCGUGUGUGUGUGUGUGCGUGGUGGAGUGACAAAAACCAAAAUCACCCAAAUAAGCCCUCCCCCUCGAGAACUUAAUAAACAAAAUUAACACAAGCCCCUCCCCGCCGCCGCAACAACAAGCGAUAUGGAGGAGGACACGGAGUACAAGAAGCUGCCGAUCGACGAGCGGUGCGUGCACAAGCUGUGGAAGGCGCGCGUCGACGGGUACGAGGAGGCGGCGAAGCUGUUCCGCACGAUCGACGACGAGAAGUCGCCCGAGUGGAAUAAGUACCUCGGGCUGAUCAAGAAGUUCGUCGUCGACAGCAAUGCGGUCGCGCAGGAGAAGGGCCUCGAGACAGCACUGGUGUUCGUGGAGAACAGCGGCAACGCGGGCAAAACGGUCGGCGAGGUGAUGGGCGGCAUCGUGGCGAAGUGUAUCGGGGCGCCCAAAACCAAGACGAAGGAGCUGGCGGUACAGGUCACGCUGAUGUACGUGGAGAUCGAGCGGCAGGAGACGGUGCUGGAGGAGCUGCUGAAGGGCACGGAGCAGAAGAAUCCCAAAAUAGUAGCGGCGUGCGUGAGCGCGAUCACGCUGGCGCUGCGCGAGUUCGGCAACAAGGUGAUCAACAUCAAGCCGAUCGUGAAGCGGCUGCCCGCGCUGCUGAGCGACCGCGACAAGACGGUGCGCGACGAGUCGAAGGCGCUCACGGUCGAGAUUUACCGGUGGAUUGGGGCGGCGUUCAAGUCGCAGAUAGCGUCCCUGCCGGCCGUCCUGCUGGCCGAGCUGGAGGCGGAGUUCGAGAAGAUCGGCAGCGAAAAGGCGACGCCGGUGCGGUACCUGCGCUCGCAGCAGGAAAAGCAGCAACAGAUUGCCGCCUCCGUGGCGGAGGGCGCAGAAGGCGAGGACGAUGGGGAUGGGGGGGACGGGGGCGAUGCGGGGGAUGAGAUCGAUCCGAUGGAUCUGAUCGAUCCGGUCGACAUCCUGUCGAAGCUGCCGAAGGACUUUUACGACAAGCUGGAGGCGAAGAAGUGGCAGGAGCGGAAGGAGUCGCUCGAGGCGCUGGAAACGCUGCUGCAGAACCCGAAGCUACAGCCCGGCGACUAUGGGGAUGUGGUGCGGGCGCUCAAAAAGGUGAUUACGAAGGACACGAACGUGGUGCUGGUGGCGCUGGGCGGCAAAUGUAUGGCCAUGCUGGCGAAAGGAUUGGCCAAGCGGUUCAACACGUACGCUGGGGCCUGCGUUCCGGCGAUACUGGAAAAGUUUAAGGAGAAGAAAACGAACGUGGUCACAGCGCUGCGCGAUGCGAUCGACGCGAUCUAUCCCUCCACCACGAUGGAAGCGAUCCUGGAGGAUGUGCUGGAGGCGCUCGGCAACAAGAACCCCAGCGUCAAGAUGGAAACGGCCUCCUUCCUUGCCCGCUCGCUCACCAAAACGCUGCCGGCGGCGCUGACGAAGAAGAUCCUCAAACCGCUGAUAGCGGCGCUGCUGAAAACGCUGAACGAGCCCGACCCGGGCGUGCGAGACGCGGCGGCCGACGCGAUCGGCACCGCCAUGAAGCUGGUGGGCGACAAAACGAUCGGCCCGUACCUGACCGAGGUGGACGCGCUGAAGAUGGUCAAGAUCAAGGAGUGCUGCGAGCGGGCGGUCAUUGCCGUGAAGAUACCGGCGGCGCGCAAGGAACGCCCUGCGACGGCACCGGCCAAAGCCGUGUCGGUAGUUAAAAAAGCGCCCUCGGAGACGAAGGUGGGGGCAGGCGGCGGUGGAGGAGGAGCGGCCACACUGCAGCGCCCCGCAACGGCCACUGUCGUGAAGAAGGUGGUUUCGGGCGGUGGACUGAAGAAAAGCGCUACGGGUGGUUCGAUUGGUGGCGGCAGGGGGGCUGCCGGUGGUGGUGGCGCGAAGGCUUCGGCGGCACCGCCCAACACGGAAAAGGACCUGUCGCAGGAGGAGAUCGAUGAGCGGGCGAGUGAACUGCUGCCGCCCGAUGCACUGGCCGGACUCGGCGAUGCCAACUGGAAGACGCGGCUGAGCGCGGUGGAAUCGUUCGCGGCAGCCGUUCCCGGUCUGGAGGCAAAGCCAGGCCUGUCGCAGGUGUUGCUUCGCUCGCUGGCCAAAAAGCCGGGGCUGAAGGAUACCAACUUCCAGGUGCUGAAGGCCCGGCUCGAUACGGCCCGAACGAUCGUAGAGCGGUACGGCAUAACGACGACCACGGCCGACUACCUGCUGACGGACGCGACGGAGAAGCUGGGCGACGCGAAAAAUGGGUCCAGUGCGGCGGCACUGCUCACGGCGAUAGCGGAGGGUGGCGCCCGGCUCGACUACACCGUCCAGCGGGCGAUGGAGUUCGCCUUCGAACAGCAAAAGUCCCCGAAAGUGCAGCAGGAGGUGCUGCUCUGGGUCGCGACGGCACUGCGCGAGUUCGGCUUUCAGGUCGAGGCGAAGGGGCUGCUGGAGAGCGCGCGCAAGGCGGUGCAGAGCAGCAAUGCGGCGGUGCGCACCGCCGGCAUCGGGCUGCUCGGCGCGAUGUACCUGUUCAUGGGCCAACCGCUGACGAUGUUCUUCGACAGCGAGAAGCCGGCGCUGAAGCAGCAGAUUAUGGCGGAGUUUGAGCGUUGCGCGGGGCAGAAGCCGCCGGCACCGGUGCGCGGCGCUGGCGCAAAGGCGGGAGCCGCCGGCGGUGGCGAAGAUGAGGAUGAGGAGGGUGGCGAGGGAGGCGCAGACGAUGAGCCGGCGCCGAUGGUGAACGUGAACGAUCUGCUGCCGCGCAUCGACAUUUCGGGCCAAAUCACGGAAGCGCUGCUGGCGGAACUGUCGGACAAGAACUGGAAAACGCGCAACGAAGGGCUGGUGCGGCUGCAAACGAUCAUUGCCGAGGCGAAGCUGAUCAAAUCGACGCUCGGGGAUUUGCCGCAAGUGCUCGCCCAGCGGCUCGUCGACAGCAAUGCAAAGAUUGCGCAAACGUCGGUCGAAAUCUGUCAGCAGCUGGCGAUUGCGAUGGGUCCACCGUGCCGGCAGUACGUGCGGGCGUUCUUCCCCGGCUUUCUGAAGGGGCUGGGCGACGGAAAGGCGUUUAUCCGUACCGCCUGCCUAACGUGCAUCAACACGUGGGGCGAGCAGGCCGGCUAUAAGGACUUUUUCGACGGCGAGAUGAUCGCGGACGCGCUGAAAACGGGCAGCCCGGCCCUGCGCACCGAGCUGUACGGGUGGCUGGCGGAGAAGCUGCCCGGCCUGCCGGCGAAGAGCAUCCCGAAGGACGAGCUGGUGGCGAUCCUGCCCCACCUGUACACGCACAUCACCGACCGCAGCGCGGACGUGCGCAAGAACGCGAACGAGGCCGUGCUGGGCGUGAUGAUUCACCUCGGGUACGACGCGAUGGUGAAGGCGCUGGACAAGCAGAAGCCGAUCUCGAAGAAGGACAUCCAGGCGGCGCUCGACAAGGCGCGGCCGAAUCUGCCGGUUAAGGUGCUGCCACCGCCGAAAGCGGCGCCCCCGCCGGAGGAGAGCAACGUCGGCAGCAAGCUGAAGCUGAAAGCGCCCAAGUCUGCCGGUGCGGGUGGGGCGGCAGGCCGGGCAGGUGCGGGAUCGGCCGGAUCGGACAAAUCGGGUGGGGGCGGUGGUGGUGCCGGUGCGGGCAGUGCUGGUGGUAGCGGUGGAAGCAGCUCCUCCCGCAAAAAGGAGGAAGAUGCCGACUCGCUGGCCCCGCUGCUGGCGGUGAACGGGCUGAAGAAGCAGCGCCUGGUGGACGAGCAGAAGCUGAAGGUGCUGAAGUGGACGUUCACCACGCCGCGGGAAGAGUUCUACGAGCUGCUGAAGGAGCAGAUGCAGACGGCGAACGUGAACAAGGCGCUGAUGGUGAACAUGUUCCACGACGACUUCCGCUACCAUCUGAAGGUGAUCGAUGCGCUGAUGGAGGAUUUGGCCACCAACGAGGAGGCGCUGAUCUGCAACCUGGACCUCGUGAUGAAGUGGCUGUCGCUGCGCUUCUACGACACCAACCCGUCGGUGCUGCUCAAGGGCCUCGAGUAUCUGAACCAGGUGUUCCAGCGGCUGGUCGACCGGCAGUACAUGCUGGCCGACAUCGAGGGCAGCUCGUUCGUGCCGCACCUGCUGAUCAAGAUCGGCGAUCCGAAGGACGUCGUGCGGAACGGGGUGCGCUCCCUGCUGCGCCAGAUCUGCCUGCUCUACCCGUUCGCGAAGGUGUUCGUCUUCAUUAUGGAUGCGCUCAAGAGUAAGAACGCGCGCCAGCGGGCGGAGUGUUUGGACGAGCUGGGCUACCUGAUCGAAACGUACGGGCUGACCGUUUGCCAGCCGUCGCAGCCGGUUGCGCUGAAGGAGAUCGCGCGCCACAUUUCCGACCGUGACAAUGCGGUACGCAACGCGGCGCUGAAUGCGGUCGUGCAGGCGUACUUUUUGGCGGGCGAGAAGAUCUACAAGCUGAUCGGGCAGCUGUCGGACAAGGACCUGUCGAUGCUGGACGAGCGCAUCAAGCGCUCGAAGAAGGCGUCGGUACUGCCGGCAAAGAAGCUGCCCGUGCUGGCGGCGGCGGGCGGGCCGAAUCUCAACGAAACGACGCUGGUGGCGAAGGAAAGCAUUGUGCCGGCGGCGGUGCAGGAGCUGCUACCCCACUCCGGCGCUGGUGGCGAUGUUGGAGCAGCGGAUGAUGCGAUGGAAGACGACGAUACGAUGGUGCCACCGCACGCGGAUGCGGUCGUCGUGCCGAUGAAAAUGAUUGUGCCAGAGCCGCCCCAGCCGCGGGUGUUAAAGGGUCCGUUCAAGCUGGACGAAAACGUGAUAGCGGAUAUCGAGCGGAACUGGGUGAAGGCGGAUGAUCUCGGCAAAACCGUCCUCAACCCGCUGGAUGAUUCCUUCAUCUACGACGAGCUGACCGUGAUCGCGGCGAACGGCGUAUCGUACCCGGCGGACCGAUUCCGGCAGCUCACCCAGCGUAACCUGCUCGCGGGCACCGGCGGCGGCGGGCCGGGUGAAUCACCCGUCCACCAGCAGCACCAUCAGCCGUACACGAGCGCCGCAGUGUCCAGCAUUCGGCCGUCGCUCGACGGUAGCGGCAUGCUUUCGAAACCAAAACCUACGCCUCCCGUCGUCGGACCAAGUUUGACCGAUGCGCUGCCGAAGCUGGAUCAGAACUUGGUGCGCAUCAUCCGGGGCAUCGCCAACACGGACAGCUUCGCCGCCCAUGCCGCCUUAAACGAGCUCAACGAUAUACUCCAAUCGCCGGAAAAGCAGGCCGUCCUGCGCGGCUACGAGGAAAUGUACAUACAGAGCGUACUGCAGCAGUUUAAGAACAUCCAGCAGAAACCGAUCGCCGAAUCGAUGAACAUCUACCAGCCGCUGCUGCAUAGUAUUUUCAUGUUUUUCGCCUCCAAAUCGCUCGGCAAGCAUCUGACGAUCGUGUCAAUCAAGAACAUCAUCGCCGUGCUGCUGGGCCUAAUGGCGGACAAUCGGCUGGUGACCGGCACGGACGACGCCCAGUUCGUGAAGGUGGUGAACGGCAUCUGUCUGAAGAUACUGGAUCGCACCAACUUCACGUACAUGAACUGUGCGCUGAUCCGGCUGCUGAAGGAGUCCUGCCAAACGAGCUGCCUGCCAAAGUUUACCGACCUGCAGAUGAAGUGCAUCUGGCGCAACGUGAAGGUCAUCCCGGACCGGUUGGCCGAGCUGGAUUACGAGGCGGUCCUGCUGGAGGUGCACGACUUUAUGCUGACCCUGCCGUCGACCUGGUGGCAGACGCGCCCGUCCGAUAUGCCGCUGCGCACGGUCAAAACCAUCAUCCACAAUAUGACGAAAAUCAAGGGCAACGCGAUACUGCAGCAUUUGAACACGAUCCCGACCCGGUCGGAGCUGCACUCGUACGUGCUGCGCAUACUGAAGAACAUCAACAAGGAUGCGACGACGGCGACAGCGGCGGCCGGUUCGUUGGGCGUUGGCGGUGAUGGUGGCGGUGAGGGAGGAGGUGCACCUUCGUUGCGACCGAGCACGACCGGGCUGCUGGCGACCGCACAGCACAACGCGAUGAACAGUGACAAUAACAAUCACGGAGCGGGCCGCACCGGCAUGAUGAUUGGUGGUGGCGAUGGGGAUGGAAGUAACUCGGUGGUGGGUUCGGAGUACCAGAAGUAUAUUGCGGUGAAUGCGAGCGUCGAAAAUGGUCCCGAUGCUGCCCCACAAAACAAACAAAAUCCCGAGUUUUGGAUCGAUCGACUGAACCACCUGCUGAAAAAGACGACCGUCGGUGGGCAACCGAACCGUGGCGGCAGCCUGUUGGGCGCAACCGGCACGCAACUCUCGCUGGACGGUGGCGGCGCGGCAGUAGUGACCGGUGUCGGUGGCGUUGGCGGGGUGAUUACGGACGAGAAUCUGAACCUUAACCAAAUGCAGGGCAGCAAGUUCGGCUUUCGGCGCGGGCUGGAGGUGCACGACACCACCACCACCACCACUACCAACCUGACCGGUGGGACGCCCGUGGUCAGUGGCACGACCUCACAACGGCGCGAGCUGUUGCAGCAAAAGCUGGAGCAACUGAAGCAGCACAAGUGAGAAAGGUGUUGAGCAGAGUAACCCGCGCGUUAGUGUCAGUGGGUGGAAAAGAGAAAGAGAGAGAGGGAGCAGAGUGUGUGAGUGUGUAUACACAAACCGACAUUAGGAUUAUUCUGGAUAAUACUGCAGGCAGUGUAAAUGGUGGGGUUUUUUUUUGUUGCGCCAUCGAUGAUAGGAAUGCGUGCCCGCGUCCACCAAGAUUUGUUACAAUUCAGGAUGGUAUUAUAUCAUUGUACCGCUCUCUCGCUCUGUCUUUCUGUGUCCUUUUUGGGGUGUUCGGGUUUGUCCGACUUUGGCAGGAACACCACGAAAAGGAAAUACUCAUGUCCGCUCUCUCUCCCACGUAUAGCGUAUCCGCUCCUCACGUAUCAGCAAAACCAUUACAAAGAAAAACGAGUUACAUUCGCGAGCGCAAUAGCAGUAGAUUGACUCUCUUCUCCUGGCACGCCAUCACAAUAAUAGUAUGCCUAGCGCACAACCGAAGGAUAAUAGUAACAGCAUCCAAGAUGCGUUUUUGUUUCCCCCUUCCCGCACUGUCCAGCUCUUCAUUAAUUCCGAUUAAUAGUUGGUUCGAUUUUACGACUGAACGUUUAAAAACAAAGGUAUAGGUUAAGGUUGUGUGUGUCUAAAAUCUCUCUUCCCAGCCCCAGAGCCGGCCUGCUGCCCAAUUCGUGUAUUUUUGGCACGGGUUCUGCUCAUCAUCCUUUCCCCACACUCCCCCCCCCCGAUGCUGAGACUCGCAGUAGAAGACACACAAGCCCGAGACGCCUCCCGAAUUAUAUUUAGAUGUGUAAGGUCCAUUUUUACCAACCCCCCCCCCCCCCCCCCCCAGCAUUCAUCCGCAUUAACGUUACUUGCGUAAGAUGAUUUUGAACUGCGUUUUUAACUUAUUCUAGGUAAAUUAAUUCUCGUGUAGCGUUUCUAGCGAGGUUGGAACUGUUAGGGACAGCAAGAUUUUGUUGCGGGGUGCCUUUUAUGGAGCACGAUGCAAAAACAAAGCAAAAGAAAACAUACACACCCCGUCGGGGGAGCUCUGAUGCGUGUUGUCGUUGAAAACCGUUGCAAACAUAUUUAUGAGGGUACGCCUUUCUUUGUCGUUUUAUAACUCGAAUAACAUCAUUCAUUUGCACUUAAACCCCCCCGCUCCCCCUCUUAAAAUCCGUGUAGAAAAAGGAACAAAAAAGACUUACCGGUUAUACACACACAUAUAUAUACACAUUACUUAAGCUCUCAUCUCCUAUAAUGAUGCUACGGAUUAGUGAGAAAACUACGGAGGGAGGAAACGGUUUUUUUGGGCGCAAAAAAAUAUACAUAAAACAAAAAAAACAAACAAAAAAAUCCAAACUAUAUACACCACAAACACACACACACACCUACAUAAACACAGACGGUGUGUGUGUGUGUGGGUAUACAUAGCAGUUAACCUUCAGCAAACGCCAGUUAUAAACGCGCCCGCGCUUGCCGUAGGGAUUCGUUACAAUCUUUGUUACAAACGUGUUUCGUUACCUUCUUCUGCGCCAUGACCUCGUCUACUUCUUCUUCUUCUUCAUGCACACACACACAGAGUACACACGUUAAUACAAGUAACUUGCUUCACGGUUCAAAUGCAUGGUUAGGAAAAAG